AUGUCUCUUAAUCCCGAAGACUAUUUAAAAGAUAAGUUUGAAAAACUAAAUAUUAAAAUAAAUAAACACGAAACAUUAGAAAGCCAAGAAUCGGUGAAAACUGAGGAACUUGAUAAUUUAGUGGUACCAACACAAAAAGGACUUGGUUCUAUAAGAACAACUUUGGAUGAUAUUGAAAAUGGGGUUAAGCAGAGCCAACUCAAUGUGGAAAUGCAUAAAGUGUCCGGAUGUCACCUGCGUAGUGCAACUCGAAAGCCAAUUCAACGAAUAAAUCCUUUUAUCAAAAUAACUCUGAAAAAAACCUCAGACAUUGUUUUGUAUGAACAACGUAGUACAACGGUGCUUAAGGACACCGAAGAAGGCCGCCAGGUAGAGGAAGACAAUGAGCGCUAUACAUAUUUGACUGAAGGCCAGGGACGAAAACGUACUUAUUUUCUUAAAGAGACACAGACGCCAGUGGUGCUCACCAAAACGCGGGCAGUUAACACCGAUUCGAUUGCCAAGGACAAUAUUGGCUCGUACGUAUCGAAUUUUGAAAUGUUCGAUACGUACAAGGAUUUGGAGCAAACUACUCAAAGUGUAGAUGUGGACGGGCAGAAGAAAAUGCAGGUGACCACCUAUAAGGUAGGCGGCGUAGAUCAGUUUGUGGAUAUCAAUAAGAAACCGGAGUUUAGCUUGGCCCUUAUGUUAACAAUGCGUAUUUUGGCGGGAAAUAAUUUCGAGACACCGCAAAGAAGAUUUCGUAAUAUGACACUGCCGGAUCCUUUAGCUUUGGAGGUUCGUUACAGCUAUCGCGUCGAUUUGUUGUGGACGUUUAGUACCAUUUUGCAAGAUGGCGAUAGCAAAGCCAUAUCCGAUCUCAGUUGGUGUCCAAGUCAUGGCGAUAUAUUGGCUGUGAGUUAUGGGACAUUUGGAUCGAUAAGUUCUAUCAUACCUCAACGGGGUUGCGUUUGUGUUUGGAAUAUAAAAAAUCCCGUUAAUCCCGAAAGAAUAUAUAAUUUCAAAGCCCCGGUACAGUCGGUGGAAUUUUCACCAUUUGCUCCGCAGUUAUUGGCCAUUGGUCUAUACGAUGGCUCCGUCCAUGUCUAUGAUAUCAGUAACAUACAACAACCACAAAUUGCAAUGUCUGAGCGUUUGAUUUCGCCCUGUAGCGAACCGGUGUCUUGUUUGAAAUGGAUACCUCAUAGCGUUAGUGAAACUAAACUCUACGACAUUGAACCAUUUUUGGCUUUGGCUCGUGAUGGUUCCGUCACUCGUUAUACUUUGAUUAAUAGUCCCCAUCUUUUGGGAUUUCCAUUAAUGCAACUGGAUCGUGUCGAUGGCAAUGCGGAAGGUUUGCUGUUUGAAAUCAAGCCAAGUGUUUUGGAGGCUAAUCGGCAUCCCCAAGCAGUGCAUAUGUGCAUUGACGCCCAACAAAAGGAUGUUUAUUUUGUAUUAACGGAUGAAGGAUGCGUGCACAAGUGUUCGACCAAUUACCCAAAUCAGCAGUUGCAGGUUCUGCAAUUGCACGAGGCUGGUAUCAACUAUAUGGAAUUUUCACCAUGGUCACCAAAAUUGUAUCUUACAUGCGGCAAUGAUUGGUGCAUACGAAUUUGGUUGAUGGGUAUAUUUAAGCCGUUAAUAACCCUUAAAUAUCACAUGAGUCCUAUCUAUUCGGCCUGCUGGAGCACAGUGCAUUCUUCAAUUAUUGUGGCACUACAUCGAGAUGCUGUUGACAUUUGGGACUUGAAACGAAGUAUUUUGCAGCCAGCAUCUUCUACGAGGAUUGACCAGACCGCCUUCUAUACCACCUUAAAGCUAACACAUUGUGGUCGGUCCGUGGCUGUUGGUAAUGAUAAAGGCAGCGUUGAAGUAUUGACUCUUGAGGAAAUGCCUUUUCCACCACAUUUUCAGUACGAGCAUUUGGAGAAAACUAUUUAUGAGAUUUUAGCAAAUAAUAAAGAUUUACUGAGAGAUGUCAAAAGUUUAGGACACUUUGGUUAUCUAAAGAAAUAA